AUGGAUGCAUCAGAUGGGUUCAUUCCUAUAGUAGCUAUAUUUUAUGCAGUUUUUCACCCAAUUGAAGGUACAAAAAUUGUACAUCAAUUUCCAGAAAACUCAAUAUCAACUACUACAAAAUCCGAAGAAGAAGAUGAUCUCGAAAAUGAAUUUUUCAAUUUUGAUACGGUCAAAAAUUAUGUAAUUCCAAAACCAAAGCUAUGUAAUAGAUUAAUUUCAUUCAAGAUUAAUAAGUUUAAAGUUAUAGGGUAUCCCGUAAAUAUGCAAUCAGAAUAUUAUUCCCGUAAUUCGUUUAGUUUUAAUUUUUGUUUUGUAUUUAGAUAUGGAAUUGGAGAUGUGAGUCCAUAUGAAUCAGCAAUUAAGAAGAUGGGAGAAAUGUUUCAGGUCCUAGAAGAACAAAAUAAAAUACUAUCCAAGCUAGAUAAGGAGAAUAUAUUUUGCAAGAAUAGAAAUUUAAGAAAUGAAGAGAAAUCAAAGAAGGUCGAUUUGGAAAGCUAUACUACUACUAUAGAGAAUUAUGAUCAAGAAGUUUCAACUCCUAAUGAUGCUUCAAUGAAUGCACCCGGUCAUUCUAAAACUAAACAAAUUACUUUAAGUUCAAUAGAAUCAUUAAUUCAGCAAAUUUAUCAAGAUUUAAAUAAUUAUUCAGAGUGUUGUAUCCCAUUAGAUAAUUCAAACCUGGUAGAUAUUAAGCUAUUCCCAAUACUCCCACCACCAGUAAAUAUAAAGGCAUAUCAAGUUCCAAUAGCAACUGUGAAAUUGAAUUCUUUAGUUGAUGUAAAUUGGGAUCCAACAAUGAUUAAAAUACUACCUUAUAUAAAUGGACUCAAUUCAGUGAAGAAAAUUUCUGAAUUAGCUGAUGCUAAUUAUUUAUUAACAAAACAAUGCAUUCAACAUCUUAUGCAUUAUAAAUGUAUUGAAAUUAUUGAUAUUUUUCAAUUUAGUAAUAUUUAUGCCCCAACAAGUACAAUUGGAGACUUUUUAAAAUUUGAUUCAAAGAUGGCAGAAGAAUGUCAAGCUUAUGUUGUAACUACUGACUCAAAUGAUUAUACAUUACCUUCAUCAUAUUCUAAUACGCCAAUUGCAAAUAAUUCACCAAAACCAAAUGAAUUCUCACCAUCAUCAAACUUCAAAAAAUUUGCACAACUGAAUUCAAUAUCACCGUAUACUAAACAAAGUUUUUUAUCUAGAUCACCAAAAGAAUAUACUAAUAGUCACUACCUAAACCAUUUUGCCAACGUUACGGUGCCGAGUAAGACUAAAUUGUUUCACUUAUAUAGAUCAUUGAAUCAAAGUCUUACUGUGAAAGAAUGGUACAUACAAAAUAAAGAUGAUCUUGUAAAUAUUGAUAUACGGAGAUUUAUAAAUUUUGGAAUAUUGAGGAAGAUAAUUUAUCGAGUAUAUUCUUAUCCGUUAUUAAAUUCAAUUACUCGAAGUUUGGAAAGUGGUGAUGAAUUUCAAUAUGAUAAAUAUUUGAAAAUGACAAAACAUGAGAAAAAGAAAGUCAACGAUUCAAAUGAUAACCUAUUAAAGACAAAGGUAAAUGAACAAACAUUAAAGACAGAAGGUGGGAGAAGAAAAGUAAGUUUUACAAAUAGUCACAACUCAGAUAAAGUAAUUACAAAACAUUAUAAUUCAAAUGAAGUUAUAUUUGAAGAUGAAAGUGAAGAUUCUGAUAGUGAUGAGAGUGGAUCAUUUCAUAUUCCAUUGAGUGAACGACGAAUGAGAAACAGUAAUGCAUCAUCUUCACAACCACGAUAUUCAAACGAUGGUUUUAUGUUUCUGACUGAUGAUGAAGAAAAUGAAGAUAACAUAGAAGAAGAAAAAUUUAUAAAUCUAAUUAAAUUAUUAAAAGGUUUCCAGCAUUUUGAUAGUAUAUGUACUGAAUUACAAAUAUCAAGAACAGAAGUUGAAAAAAUGAUUGAAAAAUUAGGAUCAUUUAGGAUAAUAAAUAGUUAA